GCGGCCGGUUCCAAACGGUAAAUCAGAUAGUGAAAACUGGUUUUCAAAACCAUAAGCUGAGCGCUCACUCGUAAACCGGGCUUAAUCUCAGUUUGGACGGUUCGGGCUUAAUCUCAGUUUCUGAUGGUUUUUAAAAGACCCAUAGUAGAAAGUAUGAACACUCAUGUAUAUAAUGCAAAAAUGGAGUCUCAAGAAAGUAGGUGAUAAGUUGGGUAGUUCUCUAAUCUCUUCUAAAAGAAUUUGAAAUGAUUAUCAUCUUCUUUUUCAUGUCCCUUAUUCUCUCUUGCCUACCACUCAGUCACUCUGCUACAGACCGAAACAUCACUACACCUAUUUGCCCAGAAAGUUUCAGUUGUCCUGCUUUGCCACUGUUCAAGUACCCGUUUUACAAUGUCAGAGACACUCGAUGUGGGCUGAUCAAGGUCAGCUGUACAUCGACAGGUGCGGAGAUUCAACUUAGAAGGCGGUCAUAUGUAAUUCUUGGCAACAUUUAUUCUCAUAAUAUUUCUAGCCUCCUAUAUAUUAAGAGCAUAACCCUUAAGCAGCUUCUUGAAAAUAAAAGCUGUGAGGCGCUUAUGGAUAAUUUCACUUCUCCAAGUCCAAGCCCUCUUUUGUAUUCAAUUUCAAUAGCUUCCUUCAUCACUCUCUUUAAAUGCACAAAAAAUCUCACUUAUUUUGAGCAACAUGGUUACAAGAGCUUCAACGGAUGCAAAGAUCACAACUUCUACUAUAACUACUCUAGUGGAACAGUUCCAAGUGACCUCCCACAUAAAUGUCAAGUAGUGCAGCUUCCUGUGCAAACCCCAAGUAGUUCAGGAUUUGAUGAAACCAACAUAUUUUCUCUUAUCUCGUCUGGCACUACCGUUUUUGUUAAUUUGACACGUUCCUGUAGCGAGUGCAAGAAAAAAGGCCGCCUAUGUGAUAUUAACAACGGACAUGAUGUUCAGUGUUUCGCCUUCAAAAAGGAAAAACCAGGCACAAAACUAAGUAGGGAUGUGAUAAUUAAGAUUCUGGUUAUCGCCGGAUCAGCCUUAAUCCUCAUUCUGUCUCUUGCCGUAUACAUAAUCUGGCGUCUCUGUAAGAGCAACCGUUUUUCCUAUGUCUCAUCAAAGAACAAAUCUCCGAACACUGAAGACAUAAGUCUUUUCUAUGGCGUCUCUGUUUUCUCCUAUAACGAGCUUGAAGAUGCCACCCAAAAUUUCAAUCCUUCUCAAGAACUAGGGGAUGGAGGUUUUGGAGCUGUUUACUAUGGUAAACUCAAGGACGGGCGAGAAGUUGCAGUAAAGAAACUUCAUGAGCACAACUACAAUCGAGUCCAACAGUUCAGAAAUGAGGUUGAAAUCCUCACCAAAUUAAGGCACCCGAAUCUUGUGGUUCUCUAUGGUUGCACCUCUAGACAAGGCCGUGAACUUCUCCUUGUUUAUGAGUACGUUCCCAACGGCACUGUUGCCGAUCACCUCCAUGGGGAACAAGCAAAUCCAAACCUGCUAACAUGGCCGAUACGGAUGAACAUUGCCAUUGAAACGGCCAGUGCACUAGUGUACCUUCAUGCUUCUGAAAUCAUACACCGAGAUGUAAAGCCAACCAACAUUCUUCUUGAUCACAAUUUCUGUGUUAAGGUAGCAGAUUUUGGUCUCUCACGGCUCAUACAGAACAAUGCGAUUCAUGUGUCAACAGUUCCCCAGGGAACCCCAGGAUACGUGGAUCCACAGUAUCACCAACGCUAUCAAUUAACUGAUAAGAGCGAUGUAUACAGCUUUGGGGUAGUCUUGGUUCAACUAAUAUCAUCAAUGGUAGCUGUCGACUUAAACAGGUCUCAAGAUGAGAUUAAUUUGGCUAACCUGGCUUUAAACAGGAUCCAAAGAUCUGCAGUUGAUCAACUAAUCGACCCGGUUCUAAGAUCCGAUACGAGUCCUGAAACUAUGAACAUGAUCACAUUAGUAGCAGAAUUGGCUUUUAGAUGUUUACAGUAUGAUUCAGAUAUGAGGCCUACAAUGAAUGAAGUGCUGGAUGUGUUGAUGGAUAUUCAAACCUUGGGUAGAAUAAACGCUUAUGAGAGUAUUAGAGACUUGCAACCCGUGAAUGUAGAACCAUUAUCUGAAAGCAGUGAUGUGGCUGUUUUGUUUAAAGAUUUCCAGCCUUCACCAGUCUCUGUCGCUACUGAAUGGCAAAGCUAUAGCAGUGCAUCAACUACGCUAAGCAGCUUUAAAGAUUGUCAAUGAAGAAUGAUAUCAAUACAAAAACAAUCCAUGGGGAAUAAGGAUGAGAUGAGAGCUUCCUUUUUCUUAAUAAAUUAUGAAAGUAGUCAUUAAGCAUGAGAUACAUGAAAUCGUAUAUCUACUUUUGCUCUUAUAUUUACUUUUUUUUUCAUUGAUGCAUAAUACACAUAAAGACACUGCUGCUUUAAUUAUGCUUAUCAUCUUUUCUGGCG